AUGUCCGAAGAGGAUCGAAUAAGCCAGUUACCAGACGAUAUUCUAUGCAAAAUCCUUUCAUUACUUACAACCAAGGAAGCCAUAGCUACGUCCUUCUUGUCCACCAGGUGGAAAUUCGUAUGGACCAUGGUUCCAUCUAUUGACAUUCAGUGCACCAAAAAAAUCGUGAAAAAGCAGUCCUCCUUGUCCACCAGAUGGAGAUUUCUAUUGAAAAUGGUUUCAUUUCUGAACAUUCUGUGCAGCAAACCAACCAUGGAAUAUCACGAGAAGAUCGAUGAAUUCUUGGAUCGACGCAGAGCAGAAAAGAUCACUAGGUUUUCUCUCCUAUGUACUUGCAAUUGUUGUUUCGUAAAUAACGUGCAAGAAUGGGUCUAUGCAGUGGUAGCAAGAAAAGUUGAAAAACUGGAUAUCAACUUGCGGAUAUACAAUGGAAAGGUGCUCUCCUUCUCCAAUUUGUUCACUUGCACCACAAUUGACACCUUGAGUAUCCAAGGCCCCUUUGAUAUCUCUAUUCCUUCUUCUGCCCAUCUCCCCAAUGUCAAGAGCAUAACACUACGUGUCAACACAUGCUUACCCUACUCCAAUGUUAGAACCCUAAUUUCUGGAUCUCCAGCUCUUGAAUUUUUCUACCUCUUUAAUAUGAAGCAGAAAAUGUAUAAUUAUUAUUUCCAGGAGUUGAAAAUUGUGCGUAACUCAAGGGGUAUGCGAUUGCACCGUAACAACAGUAUGGCUUAUAACCUUUUUAUACACAGUGAUGAUCGUGACUCAGAUUUUAUCUUAGAUUUGGAGGAGAUAAAUCAAUGGCCUAAAGUUCUGGACUCCAAGAUUCAUCUGACAAUAUACUUGACCGUGGAAGAGGAGUCUUUUGCUGAGAUUCUUGUCGCAAUACGUAACGUUAAAUAUCUGUCUCUGAGAUGUUUUAAGCAAGACAUGCUACCUUCCAUUCAUGUUUUUCCACCAAAGUUUUGGAAUUUAGUUGAGCUUCAACUUUUUAUUAAAAGGGAUGACCCCUUCUCCAUGGAAUUUCCUAGCGUCUGUCCUAGCCUUCAAGUUCUUGAAUAUAAUUUCAUGGAUGGUUACUUUGGUGCCGGUGAGAGAUAUCGAUAUCAUAUUAGGGACGGAGUAAGGAAGCGUGACCUUUCAAUUGUUCCUGUUUGUCCUACAAUUAGCAAACUUGGAAACUUCCUUAAUGGUUGGGAGAGCUGA